AUGAGGGAUACGCGAUCUGGGCGAUUUAGUAUCGCACAAAACACUUGGCUAUGUAACACCGGCACAGACACACUGCUCUACAAGGCUAGCGGAAAAUCGCAAGAAUUGGUACAAGAAGCAAUCCAAAAGGCAGGAGGAGUGAAGAAGAAGCUCGAAGAGCUCAUCCCCUCCUACCUGAUGGGGUACAAAGACGUCUUCAAAAAGAAAGCGGCAGAACGGUUCCCGAGCUCACGGGCAUGGGACCAUGCUAUCGAUUUAAAACCAGAAUUUGUACCAAAAGACUGCAAGAUUUAUCCCCUACCCCCUAAAGAGCAGACGGCACUCGAUGAAUUCCUAGAUGAGAAUACACGAAAAGGAUAUAUUUGA